AUGUCCUUUGGAAUAGGUUGCAGCGAUAUCCUUGCAGGCAUUAAGAUCGCGGUCAAGUUGUACGAUUAUGGGUUUGCUGAGGAGAACAGAGCAGAUGUUCGAUACAGGAACUUUAGAAAUGAGUUGCUCAACUUCCGCAUCUUGCUGCAAAGACUCGAUGAAGCGUUGCAGAGCGCUCAGAACAGAUGGGAGAAACGAGGACCUACCCUGGGUCAGCGACGCCCUUACGAACCUCUCUCCGAGGACUUUGAAGCAGAGCGAGUGACAAUCGUUGGCAAUUUUGUCAGCACGCUGCAAGAAUGCGAAGCACUUCUCGAGCACAACAGACAUCUCCGCGAGAGGAGCUCGAAUGUGCUGGAGAAUCUGUACUUCAACCUCUCGCAACAAGAAGUUCGCGUCGAACACUUGCGACAUCGAUUGAACUUCCACUCACAAAAGAUUCGCUUGGUCAUAGAUCGCCUGUCGAUCAACCUACUCACCGAUAUCGAUGCCAAAGUCGACGACAUUCUCGCUAUCUCCGAGCAGAACCUACAGAUAUCGAAUGAGAUUAAGCUUGAGCUCAGGAAGUUUCGAACGUCAUGGCUUGGAUACAUCUCUGGAAACGGUGUGCCCUCCGAGUCGUCUUCAGAAGGGCAGCAUGCUGUGAGCGCAAGCAUCGCACAGAGAUUUCUGGACAACGUACGUGAGAAUGCGCCUACAGAUCUUACAGGCGGUAUCCCUUUGCAAGAAGGCUUCGAUGCGUUACUCCUACACUUCGAGCAGAGCUGCGAGUCUGGAUCAGAUCAGACUCCAGAGAGAUACCUCCUCUUCCUCAAAUCACGCUGGCUAUUGGACUACCUGAAGCAAGGUACCGAUUAUAAACACGCUCGGCCAGGCUUCUACUACCGACGAGCGAUUAACCAAGUUGAGCAAGCCAUAUCGGAACGACUCACGCAACCAGGGGAGCUCAUCGCAUACGACGAGAAUACUUUAAUGAGUCAACCAGAUGCAUGCUUCCAUACGUGGUCGCCGGAUACGCUUGGCCCUGUCGUCGAAUACUCUCAACCACAUCCACUAAUGGUUCGAGGAGACGAAGUGCAGGUCGCUCAUAUUGAACUCGCACCGAGCAGCACAACGGAAGGUGACUCUGUCACAGUGUUCAAGAGUUCAGACGAGCACUUUCGGGUCGUUCAUGAGAACAGUCCUGCUUCGACACAAGGCAAAGUGGUCAUUACGCCGCACAAAGUGCAUAUAAGUGAGGACAACUUGAUCCCGCGAUAUGCCUUUCCGACCUUGGCGAGUCCUUGCCACGAGAUUGCCAUUUUCUCUCGCAGCGAGGAGGAGCUGUUCAAUUUCAGUUCCAUCGGUGAUCUUCACCGCUUCCAGAGUGCUCUGAUGGGCUACGACGUCUCGCAUGACCAAGGCGACGUACCUGUGCGUUGCCAAUUGAAGCUCAAGAACACAAACACUUUGUUUGACUGCAGAGGAAGAAUCCAGCUUUGGCAAGAGCCAAUUGGAUCAACGCCUCAAGUCGAGAGCAGUGAAUCGAGUCGCUCGCCAUCUCUUCAAGCUCCAGCCUCCACACAUAGGCCACAUUCCCGCCACGACAGUCUCGCCUCGUCGCUUCCUCCACCAAGCACCAUUACCACAAACGCGGACGGUUGGGAGGCAGACUCCAUCAAGCUACCAUCCAUCGCGAUAUUCACCCAAGUCACUGUGAAGGAGCGGACUCGCUUUGCGGCGAUAUCGAUCCCUUUGCGAGCUGGAAUGAAGGUUGACCCGCGGGAGUGCAGUUGUCAUAGACAAGGCUACGAAACCUGCGCAAGCCUCGUCAUCACGAAGAAGAACAAACAGAUGUUCCCAAUCCACAUGAUCCAAUCUGAAACCGACUCGCAAGGCAGACCAAACCCUAAUACCUUCGACAUCUUCCCCCUACGCUUACCUCGCCAUCCCGAUUUCAGCAAGGUUACCAGCACAUACCAGGCGGAGUACAUUCUGCUCAACUUCAAAUCUCUGUCGGAAAAGCAACGCUUUCACAAGGAGUUGGACCUACGAUUCGAAGUGCGCGACAAGCAGAUCGAAAAUCAACGCAACUUCGAGAAAUGGAUUCUCAGUGCUCAGGACAAACCUCAAGGGCGUCAGAGAAACCUGUCCGCCAGCCCGACUCAGCUGUCAUCCUCUUUUGAGAGACCCGCUGGCUCUUUCUUAGCUCAAAGUCAGAGUCGAAAUGGCAGUAACAGUGGCAGAUCGUCCACUGUCCCGGUCAGUCCGAGACAAAGCGCGAUUGAGGACUUGAUACUACCUGUGGCGCCGCCUCGGUUGAACAGCCAAGCCGUCAGCAGACAGCAGACUAUCAAUACCACUCACCGGUUCACGCGAGACUCCAGAACAAACUCCUCUGCGACCACCAUGACCAGACGUGACACUUCUACCUCUGAAGCGUCACACUCAGCUGUGCAUAGUGAGAUCAUGGCCCCCAGCACUGGACAAAAUACAAACAAGAAGCAGCCUUGGUGGAAGAAAUUAUGA